GUGUGUUAUUGAAGAUUGGCACAGAAGAAGACAUAUAAAACACACACAUUUCAACAUCACCUAGCUACAGCCUACAGUACAUAUAAGGUAAUAAUGGUUUCAGUAAGCAGGUAGUGAGAUGGCGGACAUCAAAGAAGAUUGUGGAGCUCCAAACUCAGAAUCCCAACACACACAAAAACACAACCCAAAACCCAAGCGCGUCGCGUCGCUCGAUAUCUUCAGAGGCCUCACCGUCGCGUUGAUGAUCUUGGUGGAUGACGCGGGCGAAGAGUGGCCUGUUAUAGGUCAUGCCCCAUGGAAUGGCUGCACUCUUGCUGAUUUUGUUAUGCCAUUUUUCCUCUUUAUUGUGGGAAUGGCCAUUGCACUGGCGCUCAAGAGAAUACAAGGUAGGGCAGAAGCUAUCAGAAAAAUCAUUUUCAGAACUAUUAAACUUCUCUUCUGGGGCCUCCUUUUGCAAGGAGGUUAUUCACAUGCCCCUGACAAGCUAACAUAUGGGGUUGACAUGAAAAUGAUAAGGUGGUGUGGAAUUCUUCAGAGAAUAGCUCUCGCCUAUUUAUUGGUCGCUUUAGUAGAAAUCUUGACGAGAUGCUCUGUUCCGAAAGACCUAUCACCUGCUGGAAAGCUGUCUGUGUUCAAGUUAUAUAUUUGGCAUUGGAUUUUUGCAGCUUGUGUUCUGAGUGUUUAUCUGGCCGUGUUAUAUGGAAUAUAUGUUCCCGACUGGCACUUCAGGGUGAAAAAUACAGACAGUCCUGAUUUUGGGAAAGUUCUAACUGUAGCUUGCAGUGUGAGAGGGAAACUGGAUCCUCCUUGUAAUGCAGUCGGCUAUAUUGAUAGAAUUGUGCUUGGAAGCAAUCACAUGUAUCCGCAUCCAGCUUGGAAGAGAUCGAAAGCUUGCACAAUGAGCUCUCCGCACGAGGGACCUUUCCGAAGUGAGUCAACAAUGAACAAAAGAAUGAUGGCCUACUAGAGGUGAAGGGUGAUAUUGUAUGAUGAUUGGUUAAGUUGUUUUUAGGUAGGGUGGAUUCAGAAGCACAUUUUCAUCAAUGUGUGGCAUUCAAGGAGAGUCGGGACUCUGCUUUACGUUAUCUUUGCUGAGAUACUGUUUUGGGGCGUCGUUGCUGGCCUAUUGCACCGAUUCUCCAUAUACUGGAAGCUUUAGUUCUUAUCUUUUCACAAUGUGUGCAGUUCAAAACAACAAUUAUGGAUAGUUUUUAUCUGAUUCCAUUUGAUGUUAGUAGGGUUGUAUUUUUUUUGUUGUAUUUAUAGCCAUAUAUUGUUGUGAAUGGGAGAUCAAACUCCUAACCUCAUCCUUCAUACAUAAAAGUAUGUUGAUUGAGUUAUGCAAACGGUCGAUUCUCCCACUACUUAAAGAAUUCAGGUAAUACAUCGUCGUUCCCCAUA